AUGUAUGCAAAACACUUUUCUAAAUUCUUCUUUCCAGAAUGCGACGAGUAUACAAGGUCGGUGCAAGAUAUAUUUGAAGCUCUACCACUCCUUCCAGAUGCUGAUCCACUAAUUAUAAAAGUGGACAAAUGUGAUUUUGAGAAUCUGCCAUUAAUUGUUGGAGGGGAGGACACUGAUGUUGGAGAGUUUCCUCACAUGGCUGCUAUUGGUUAUCAAGUUGAUGGUAAUCUGGAAUGGAACUGUGGGGGAUCAUUAAUCAGUGAAUAUUAUGUCCUUACUGCUGCACACUGCACACAUAUUGGAAAGUAUCCUGCAGUGAUAGUUCGUCUUGGUGAGAUGAAUCUGAAACGUGAUGAUGAUGGAGCACAUCCUGUGGAUUACCACAUUGCAGAUUUAGUGCGCCAUCCUGAAUACAAAGGACCAAGCAAAUACAAUGAUAUUGCUCUGUUACGUCUUAGUGAGCGUGUGGAUUUCAACAAGUUUAUACGACCUGCUUGUCUCUACACACAUGAUAAAUUCUCUGUCAGCAAGACAGUUGCUACUGGUUGGGGUAAAAUUGAAUAUGCUGGAAAAUCAAGUGACACUUUGCGGAAAGUUGUUCUUGAUAUAAUAGAUAAUGAAAUGUGCAAUAACUUAUGGAAAAGUCUUGGCAAGCUCACAAGUCUGCCUCGUGGAAUUGCACCAUCAAUGAUGUGUGCUGGGGUCCUUACAGGUGGCAAAGACACUUGUCAGGGUGAUUCUGGUGGACCAAUUCAGAUAUCUACCAAAGGAAAUCAGUGUGUAUAUCAUGUUAUUGGAGUGACAUCAUUUGGGAAUUACUGUGCUGGAGAAGAUUCACCAGGAAUAUAUACACGUGUCUCUUCUUUUAUUCCAUGGAUUGAGAGCAUUGUGUGGCCAGAUGGUUAGCUUAAAGAACGGAUCACUAACUUGAGAAAAGUUUUUAAAAGUCACCCAUGACAUAUAUUUUAAAUUUCAAACUGAAAUCAGGAACGUCUCACAUGGUUACCUGAGUGUUUCAUCAGUGUAUGUUGUGGUUACAGAUCUGACACUAAGAUAUUCAGCCAAAAAGUUGUUAAAAUCAAUUCACUACAUAUGCUAUCAAACAUUUUCCAUUGCCUAUAAAAUGGC